UAACUGUGGAGGGGCGUUGCCCCGGGGCUGGCCGCGUGCGGCAGGACGUGUGCCUGCUGUGGCGCGCGCCGCCGGCGGGGCUGUCGAUGGCCGCGCUGUGGGAGCGGCGGCUGCGGCGCGCGCUGGGCGUGCGCUACGACUCGCGCGAGGGCGUCUUCGACUGGGACUACCACAUGCGCCUGCGCGACCUCUGCGGCGACGCCAUCACGCUGCGCGACGCGCCCUACGCGGCCUUCGGCGUCGAGUGCGAGGACGAGGACUUGCUGCGCUCCGUCAACGGCAUGCGCCCGCACACAGCGACGGACAUCUCGGAGCGCAACCUGAUGCGCCUGUUCCACGAGCUGCAGCACUCGACGCCGUUCGUGGCGCCCAAGGCGGAGGACGCCGGCGCCGGCGGCGUCGUCAUCACGGAGCUGCCCGACGCUCGCGACGACUGGGGCGCCGGUGCG